CUCCAGCGACGCGGUCGAUGGAGGGGCGCGGGUGAACGCGUUCGGACCUGUCCAACAGUCCUUCCGCGGAUUGCGGAUAUCGUGUGGCAAAGUUUCGUGAUAUCGUUACUCGUGCUGUGUUUUACGUGCUACACAGGAUUUUCUACCGCCGGUUGGUGGUAAACGCGUUUGGAAACUACGUUCGAAGGUGUGGGCCAGAAGAAACGACGCUAUCCCGUUUCAUCCAACAUCGUGCGUGAACGCUGGUAAACGAAGCCUCGACCGGGUCAGGCUCGUUUCACGGUCGAUCGUCGCUGUUCUCGGGGUUAAUCUUCGUCGCCGAAUUACGUCUCGACUGGACGAAGCCCGGCGUGGAAGGUUAUGUUGGCUCCUGUGACAUCCGCAUGUGCCGCUUCGUGGGACCGUACUUUUCCUCCGUGAGCUUGCUUCGUGCUGCAGUGGAUCUGCUGCCUGCUCGUGCUUCCAGAAGGAGGAUAACGUUCGGACAACACUUCUUAGAAUUUCGAUGCGAAGGAGGCCUCGCUGACGAUGAUCCACGAGACCAGAGCCUGAAACAGGCAUGAGCUCCGAGGGCGAGACCGUGGACCAAAUCGAAUCGAAGCGUCCAGCUUCUUUCUGAAUGGGUUGCCGAGCUUUUCCAUACGCUGCGAGGGGCCCGAUCCUCGCGUUCGCAGCGGCACCGAAGAGCGUAUCGAGUGAAUUGCGAUAGAGGAGCACCCUCGACGCGUCUGCUCGGACAAAAGGGACACACGCGGCUCGAAUCCCUCUCCGGCUGCCCUCUCGUCGUCAGACCCUAUUUUACCAUCCCCUCGCUUCUGGCAGAGGGGACGACCGAAGGUCGACCGGCCGUCGAUCCUCCUGGAUUCGAGACGAGACGGUGGCGAGACCGCAGCGUCCCAUGAAGCCGAACGGUAGCAGCAGAGUCGGGGAGCGAUCGUCGAGCAUCGACACGGGAUCGAACUUGAGUCGCGGGUCCAGGUGAAUCGAGAUCGAUCUGCGAAGCGAAUCCUGUUUGCGGACCAUGUACAAGAUCCUGAGGCGCGGCUCGAGCCGCAUGUUCGUCGUCCUGGCGGUCUUGUUGACGUUGCUGCUGUGCCUAUACUACGUGAACCAGGCGCAGGCACCGGCUACCGGUCCGUCGGCUGGGAUCCUGAACGACGAGCUCAGGUACGAUCGCGGGCUCACCUCGAUUGCGCCCGAUUACGUCGAGUCGCCCGACGCCAAGAUAUCCCUCGACACCUGCCCCAUCAUCGUCCCCAGGAACGUGGACAUCGACACCCAGCAAGAGUUUGAGAAGUUCGACUUCCAACCGUCGUGGAUGCGCAGUAGGGAAUACUGGGACGACAGCUUCGAGGUCCGCUACACGGAGCUGAGAAAGGAUCCGACGAGGCCACCGUUGAAAGUGAUUCUGAUGCCGCACAGCCACACGGACCCGGGCUGGCUAAAGACGUUCGAGCAGUACUUCCACAGCUCUACGAGAAGCAUCUUGAACAACAUGGUGUCGAAACUCCAGCAGUGGCCGAACAUGACCUUCAUCUGGAGCGAGGUGUCCUUCCUCUCUCUCUGGUGGGAGAGCGCGCAUCCCACGAAGAAGAUGGUGGUGAAGAGGCUCGUGAAAGACGGCAGACUGGAAAUGACCACCGGUGGUUGGGUGAUGACCGACGAGGCCACGUCGCACGUAUACGCCAUGCUGGAUCAGCUGAUCGAAGGUCACCAAUGGUUGAAGACGAACCUGGACGUGAUCCCGGAAUCGGGAUGGUCGGUGGACCCUUUCGGUCACGGGGCGACCAUCCCGUACUUCCUGAAAGAGUCCGGCGCUUCCGGCACGGUAAUCCAAAGAAUCCAUUACGCGUGGAAGCAAUGGUUCGCGAAGAAGCAGUACGGCGACUUCGUCUGGCUCCAAUCGUGGGAUCAGACGGGGAAAUCCGGCAUGUUGACCCACAAUCAGCCGUUCGACAUUUACAACAUAAAGCACUCGUGCGGCCCUCACCCUCACGUCUGUCUGAACUUCGACUUUCGUAAGAUCCGCGGCGAGUACACCGAGUACUCGGUCAGGGCUGUCGAGAUCACGCCGAACAACGUGAAACAGAUGGCCGAGCUGCUCUUGGAACAGUACUGGAGGACCGGCUCUCUGUUCACGCACAACGUGGUACUGAUGCCUCUCGGCGACGACUUCCGUUACGAUCACGCGAUCGAAUGGGACCAACAGUACACCAACUACAAGAUACUGAUGGACUAUAUCAACAGUAGAAAGGAAGAGUACAACGCUGAGAUAGUGUUCGGCACACCGAAGGACUACUUUCGCGAGAUUCGAAAACGCGUCGAGACGUUCCCGACGCUCAAAGGAGAUUUCUUCGUUUACUCGGACAUAUUCAGCGAGGGAAGGGCAGCGUAUUGGAGCGGUUACUUCACCACCAGGCCGUACAUGAAGAUCUUAGACCGCGAACUCGAGGCCAACCUAAGAUCGGCGGAGAUCCUGUAUACGAUCGCGUUCAACGUCGCCAAACAGACCAGCAAGGAUUUCAUGUUGUACGAGACGUACUUCGAAAAGCUGGUGAAAGCCAGGCGGAACUUGGGUUUGUUCCAACACCACGAUGCCAUCACGGGCACCUCGAAGUCGUUCGUGAUGAAGGACUACGCGUUGAAAUUGUUCGAAUCCAUCUCGGACACGACCAGCCUGCAGAGUUACGCCAUACAGUCCCUCGCCGGGACUCCUAGCAAACCGAACUCCGUUUACGUUCUCGCGGAAUCGGACAGGGACAGCUACGAAAAGUUACCGAAGAAGAUUCCGGUCGGACUAACCAGUCAAGAGACGAAGAAGAUCGUCUUGUUCAACCCUCUGGCUCAGCCGAGGCAAGAAGUGAUCAGUCUGAAAGUGACCUCGUACAAGGUUCGAGUUCUGGACCCGUGGAAGAAUCCGAUUCCCUAUCAAAUAGCUCCGGUGAUGAACGCCACCAGCAUCACUCACGACGUUUACGUCCUGCUGUUCGUGGUCGAGCUGAAACCUCUCGCGAUAGCCACUUACCAUCUUCAGGAGACCGACAAAGUGCCCGUGGAGGCUAUUUCCACGGUUUACUGUAGCCGAUGCGGCAAGGACAACGUGUUUCCUAUAAAACCGAUGAAAGUGGGCGACGUUCAGCUCGAGAAUCAGAGGAUGAAGUUACUGUUCGACGGUCAGACCGGUUUCCUGAAGCGAGUCACCAGAAAAGCGACUGGCAAAAUCAUGCAGUGCGCGAUACAGUUCGCCGCUUAUCCGUCCGCACAAUUUCACAGCGGAGCGUACUUGUUCAUGCCCGAUCCGAACCUGAAGGAUACCGACAAAGACGUGCUCGAGGCAUACACGCCCCAUCAGAAGAUCUACAUCGUCAGCGGGAGCCUCAGUUCUCGGUUGACCGUCGAGUACGGAAAGCUGUUGACCCAUCACGUUGCGAUCUAUCACAGGGACGACGGACUGGGCGAGGCGAUCUAUCUGAGGAACAUCGUGGACUUCGAGACGCCGCCGAAGAACAGAGAGACCGAGAUGUUCAUGCGGCUACAGACGGACAUAGUGAACGGAGACACGCCGGAGUUUUACACCGACUUGAACGGUCUUCAAAUGAUCAAAAGGACGAAGAUAGAGAGGAUCGGCAUCGAGGGCAACUACUUUCCCAUCACGACGAUGGCCUAUAUAGAAGACAACAACCACAGGCUCACGCUGCUGGUGAACCACUGCCAAGGAGCUGCCAGCUAUCAACCGGGAUGGCUGGAAGUGAUGCUGGAUCGCAGAACUUUGUACGACGACUCGCGAGGGAUGGGCGAAGGUCUCCUGGACAAUCGUAGGACCGUAAUUAAGCAUUGGCUGUUGCUGGAAGACAUCGUCGGGGAGAAAGACAAGUACUCGAAGCCAUCGCUGUUCGCGAAUCACCUCAGUAACGCUCUCAACUAUCCGGUGAACAUGUUCGUCGUGGACGGGACGGAGGCCGAGGUCGCGAUGGCACCAGAAGUUCGGUUAAUGACUCAGAGCUUCCCGUGUGAUCUGCAUCUGUUGAACCUGAGGACCAAUCACGACCAGAAGCUGCCGCACUUCCCCGUGAACAGUGCGCUGAUGGUGCUCCACCGGCAAGGCUACAGCUGUUCCGUGGGAGCGGACGUGUCGUUGAAACACUGCCCGCUGUCGGACAGAGUGAGUUCGGGAACGUCGUUCUUCAAGCUGCCGAAUCUGAACGUAACCAAGACCUCGCUGACGGGGACGAAGACGAAGCAUAGGCUGAAGGACGGCCUCCAAGAGAUCAGCCUUCGGCCGAUGGAAAUCGAGACGUUCAACGUGCAAUUCGUCCAAUGAUCCCGAACUCGGCCAGGGCGCUCGCCUGCGUUCUGAAUGGGACACUGCCUCGGCAGAUGCUACCUCUUCGGGUCUUCGUACGAUCCACUGGAAUCGAAAGGGCCGCCCUCGGACGCGGGCACGGAUAAUAUUUGUCUUUGCGAUCGUCGCUCAUCGGAUGCGGGUCUUCUAUGGACGCGAACUAGACCUGCCACGCGCACUCCCCGCAAACGUUCGGAUGCCGCGUGGACAGAAUAUUCUCGUACCCAUUCCGGGGUCGCUGGAACCGUGUUCCUCGCGUCCCUUUUUUACCUUGCGGUCGAUGCGGCGUACACACUAGACGCUCAUCAGAUCGGCUCGUACCGUGCGCAUAUACCGUGAACGCGCUAUACAUAUACUUCGAAUCACCGUACUCGGUCACGUUUUUCCAUUGGGUCUUGCGUUCGCAAAGAAGGGAAGAGAGGUUUCUUCGACCGUUCGAGAUAAUUUCCCGUGCCCCUUGGGUCAGUCGUACGAAGUCGACGUUAGGGACACUAGGGAACCACUCGCCUCCGAAGCCGCGUCUACGUCCAUUAUUUGAGAACGUGACAUUGACACGUUCCUCCCCCAUUCCCGGAUGACACAGACACGGCAUUUCCACGCGAGUAGAACGUCCAUCUUACGUCGGCAACUUCCGUUUGAUUUCUAUUCGUAAAGGGCUUGAAAGGAACUCCCGCGGCUGGAGAUCAGGCUUCGGUGGCGCGCCAGAACUUACCGACGACACAAUCAAACGAUCAAAGUGCAUUGCAGACUCGAAAACGUGUACAAAUGUUCUAGGACUUGGUUCGCGACAGGCGCAUGGGAUUAUGGCGAUCGCAGGAUGCUCCGUUUAGAUAUCAUCAGGGCGUUAAGAUCUUGUGGAGAUUUCUAUUUUUCUUGGUCGAGAGAUCGAAUCAAAAGCAAAACUCUGUCACAGAAUUAUGCCACUAUUACUUUUUUCAUUAGCUUCGGAGUAUUAUAUCGGACAAUAAGUACAAGUCUCAUAGGACGGAACGGAUCGAAACGGGGCAUCGUGCAAAAUACUGUGAACUAUAAAUAAUAUAUAUAUAUAUUAUAUUGUACAUAUCAAGCCAGGACUUUACCUUAGACCGUACAUACAUAUAUUGUGAUAGCGUGAGAUAAUAUAAUGUAAAUGGUAUACACCUAUUUUCGUAUGCGAAACGUUUUACGAAGGGGACUCUCUCUCUUCCCUCUCGGAGCGACGAAAUUGCAAAAGUAAGAGGAUCGACCCACCGAUAAAUCUGAAUGAACACCGAGAAUACAUCACCGGUGACUUCCAACGCUCUUCCAAUUUCUAGCGAGGACACGAUUUCCAAUUAGUUUGGGGCCUCUCUCGAGGUCUGUGAAGUACCUAUUUUUUACUUUUGCUACGCGUACGUACAUCCGGUUGGAAAGGCGAAAAGAUUCGGGCGAGGAUCGGGCGCGUUUGCCGUGCGACGGACUCGUGUAAAUAUUAGUUUAAUUAGCGGAGAUUGAGAGCGUCGCGCGGGUUUCCACGCGAGUCUCAUCGCGUCCUGGGUGUCGCACUCCUCGAUAGAACGUCGAGGAAAUUGGAUCGAAAGACGUUCGCCGGAAACUCGUGCAACGACUGUCGUUGUAACGAUACUGUAACAUAUUAUGUGUUUGUGCUGUCUCUAGAGAAGAAAGAUCUAUUAUUAAAGAUGGUAUAUGUAUACAUACGCGUAGAGCAGUGCACGCUCGGGGUCGCUCGAGGGUGUACACCAUACGUGUAUUAAAAUAUAUUAUAUAUAGAGAUAUAUUUGCAAAUCGUUGGGGCGCGGACGCGUCUCCGCGGACGAGGACAAUUACACACCACGGUAUUCCUUACGUUACGAUGUACGAUUAUAUUUAUUGAAUAAAGAUAGUAACUGACGUAUUUUAAUUAACA